CGCUGCCCGGCCGGCGGCCGCGCAAGGGAUGCGGGAGCGCAGGCAUCACUCCCCGCCCCAGCGCAGCCCGAGCGCCGCCGCGAGGAGCAGGAGCAGGAGCAGGAGGAUGCGGAUGCUGCUAACGCUACUGCUGCCGGGGAUGCUGUGGCCGCGCGGGCUCCUGGCGUUCAACCUGGACGAGGAGCAGCGCAGCGUGUACAGCGGGCCUCAGGGCAGCUACUUCGGCUACGCCGUGGACUUCUACAUCCCGGAGCCCGGCACGGUGAGCGUCCUGGUCGGAGCUCCCAAAGCCAACACCACACAGCCAGAGAUCCAGGAGGGAGGGGCCGUGUACUACUGUCCUUGGCCAGCCGCACAGUGCAAGCAGAUCCCCUUUGACACCACUAACAAUAGAAAAAUCAAAGUCAAUGGCACCAGGGAACCUAUUGAGUUUAAGUCAAAUCAGUGGUUUGGGGCAACAAUCAAAGCUCAUAAAAGCAAAGUUGUGGCUUGUGCUCCUUUGUAUCACUGGAGGACUCUCAAAGCUACCCCUGAAAAGGAUCCGGUUGGCACCUGCUAUGUAGCAAUUCAGAACUUCAGCGCCUAUGCUGAGUACUCUCCUUGUCGCAACAGCAAUGCAGAUCCUGAAGGACAAGGUUUCUGUCAAGCAGGCUUCAGUUUGGAUUUUUACAAGAACGGGGACCUUAUAGUAGGAGGACCUGGUAGUUUUUAUUGGCAAGGUCAGGUAAUUACUGCCAAUAUUGCGGAUAUUAUCACCGAUUAUUCAUUCAAAGAUAUUUUAAGGAAACUGAUACGAGAAAAGCAAACUGGAGUGGCCCCACCAUCAUAUGACGAUAAUUACCUUGGAUACUCAGUGGCUGCUGGGGAAUUUACUGGCGACUCUGAACAAGAAUUGGUUGUUGGAGUUCCAAGGGGAGCACAGAACUUUGGAUAUGUUUCAAUUAUUAAUUCUACAGACUUGACAUUCAUUCAGAAUUUUACUGGUGAACAGAUGGCAUCUUACUUUGGGUAUACUGUUGCAGUAUCUGAUGUUAACAAUGACGGUUUAGAUGACAUCUUAGUUGGGGCCCCUCUAUUUAUGGAGCGGGAAUUUGAAAGUAAGCCUAAGGAAGUAGGGCAAGUUUACCUGUACCUGCAGGAAAGUGCCUUCUACUUCCAAGAUGCACAGAUAUUGUCAGGCACCGACAUGUUUGGUAGAUUUGGCAGUGCCAUUGCUCAUCUCGGAGAUCUCAAUCAGGAUGGCUAUAAUGACAUUGCAAUCGGUGCACCAUUUGCUGGAGAAGACAGGGGAGGCAAAGUACUUGUCUACAAUGGACACAGUAAUGGGUUAAAUGCUAAGCCUUCCCAGGUUCUAAGUGGAUUCUGGGCCUCACAGUCCAUGCCUGCGGGAUUUGGCUUUACCCUAAGAGGAGACUCAGAUGUAGACAAGAAUGAUUACCCAGAUUUAAUUGUAGGUGCUUUUGGAGCUGGGAAAGUAGUUGUUUACAGAGCAAGACCUGUUGUAACAGUGGAUGCUCAACUUUUGCUGAACCCAAUGAUUGUGAACCCAGAAAAUAAAACCUGUCAGCUUCCCAGCUCUAGGAUUUUGGUCGCAUGUUUUACUGUAAGAGUCUGUGCAGCUUUUGAAGGCCAGAGUAUUUCAGAUAAGAUUGCACUAAAAGCUGAAUUGCAAUUAGAUUCAUUGAAACAGAAAGGAGCUGUUAAAAGGACCCUUUUCUUUGAUUACCAUCAAUCACAUCAUCUCUUCCCCAUUGUGAUUGAAAGACAGAAACGGCUGCAUUGCCAGGACUUUGUUGUUUAUCUCAGAAACGAAACAGAAUUUCGAGAUAAAUUAUCUCCUAUCAGUGUUAGUUUGAAUUACAGCUUGGAUGAAUCAACGUCUGUAGAUAGCCUGGCCGUGAAACCAAUACUGAACUAUUACCAAGAGAGCACUGUUACAGAGCAGGCUUAUAUUCUGGUAGACUGUGGAGAGGACAACCUAUGCAUUCCUGACUUGAAACUUUCAGCCACCCCAGAUAAAGAUCAGCUAAUAAUUGGAGAAGAAAACUGUGUUGUGCUUCUAAUAAACCCAAGAAAUGAUGGAGAAGGAGCUUAUGAAGCUGAGCUCCAUAUAAAGAUCCCACCUGAAGCAGAUUACACAGGAGUUGAACGCAACAACAAGGCACUACAUGUAUUAAGCUGUGAUUACAAGAUGGAAAAUGAAACUAGAAUGGUGGUUUGUGAUCUUGGAAACCCCAUGGUGGCUGGAACAAAUUUCUCUACAGGCAUCCGAUUUUCUGUUCAACAUUUUGAAAACGCAGAUUUCAGCAUCAAGUUUGAACUACAAGUAAAAAGUUCUAACAAGGUUAAUUCCAGCAGCAAUUUGGUUAACCUUCAAAUUAACAUCAGUGCUGUGGCUCAAGUACAGAUCAGAGGUGUGUCUAAUCCUCCACAAAUUGUUUUGCCACUUCACAACUGGAAACCUAAAGAUGAACCUACCAAAGAAGAUGACCUUGGCCCUUUGGUAGAGCACAUAUAUGAGCUGCACAAUAUAGGACCUGGUGCCAUCAAUGACACCCUACUCCAUGUUGGUUGGCCUGUGUCCAAUCAGGUGGAAUUUCUUCUUUACAUUCUCCAUAUUCAGACACAUGGACCAUUGCAGUGUCAAACAAGUUCUGCUAUCAAUGAAUUGCAAAUAAAGUUUGCUAUUCAAGAAGACACCCCUGAACUCACUGCUUUUCUGCGCAACUCCACUAUUCCUCAUUAUAUCAGGAGGAGAGAUAUUAAAGUAGCAGAACCUCAAAGGAGGAGCUCUUCAAAAAUACUGAACUGUACAAAUGUGAAGUGUUUAAUAAUCUCCUGUAUAGUGGGACAGUUAGACAGAGGAACAAGUGCAGCACUAAAAAUCAGGUCUCGGUUGUGGGCCCAAACUUUCCUACAGAGAAAAAAUGACCACUAUACCCUUUCUUCUAACGUGUCCUUUGGAGUUAAGAAGAUGCCGUAUAAAGUCCAGCCAGCAAAAUUUCCUGAGGGAAGCAUAGCAAUUAAAACUUCAGUCAUUUGGGCCACUCCAAAUGUCUCCUUUAUAAUCCCUUUGUGGGUUAUAAUAUUAGCAAUACUCCUUGGAUUGCUGGUUCUGGCUAUUUUGACCUUAGCGUUGUGGAAGUGUGGUUUCUUUGACAGAGCUAGACCUCCUCAAGAUGACAUGGCUGACAGGGAACAACUGACAAAUGACAAGAAUACUGAUGCAUGAGAAAAGAAAGUGAAGGUUCAGUUUGGAGCCCUGCUCACGAGUAGAAAUGUGCUAAAGAUUAAACAAAGGAUUUCUUCUACCACAGUCUUCCUUUGAACUUGCAAGUGACAUGAACUGGUAAUCUGAGCUAUGCAAAGUUAUGAACAUUCACCGCAUGACGACCAUCCAUGGCAAAAAGCAGCUUUAUCGCUGCCUUGAAAACAUAAUCAACCACUCUGCAGAGUUUUCAUACCAUACUUCAUUCUAGAUUUCAGAAGAUACUUUUGAGCACAUGUGGUAUGUUAAAACACUUUCAGAAUAACUCCAAAUCUGCAAAGCUGAAAUGUUUGCAUUGUUGUAUCUUCUAAAAGAUGGACUGGGACAAAACUUUCAAACACUGCUGUAUCAUGCAGAAUAUUUUUGACCUCCCUAAGGAUAAGAACUCCUAUGAAAUUACGGCUCAGGGAGACAAGCAAUAUAUUGGUACUGUGAAAGUACUUCUGAAAAAUGAAGAUAGUCUUUAAAGGACUUUAUAAAUGAGGCACAAUUAUUUAUUUUUCCACCUUUCUAGGAUAAGUAUCUGAUCUAAUCAUAGAUUCAGAUUUUUUUAAAGAAGUAAAACAUAACAUGGCAAUCAUCUUGCCAUGUAAAUAUAAAAAAGAACCCUUUCUAUAAAUUCAGUACACUUCCCUUGGUUGCAAGGUAUUUUGGAGAACAGAGGAAUUUAUACAUAAUUUUAUGAGAAGGGGGUGUCUACACAAGACACUAACUGAACAGUAGCUGAAUAAUACAGUGCUAAUACACUGCUGCACAGUAUUAUUAGGCUACUGUGCAGUAGCGUCACUAAAGGAAUGCUCCCGCACUAGUGAACAAUAACUCCAGUUACUGCACAUUUAUUUAGGACUUGGUUAUACAAGUCCUAAAUAAACGUUCAAUAACCACUGCAUGGUAGCAUCUUGUGUAGACAUGUUCAGGGUGUAUGACAAAAGAAUAUUUUAAAGCUCACUUGUACCUUCUUAAACUGUUAGGUGGCAGCACUAAAUUCAGUUAACCAAAUCCAUUUUUGGCAUAAACUGAUGCAAAAGCAGUUGAUGUUUGUAGGAAUUUAGUCUACUUUUCUGUCAAAACUGAAUUUUCCCUUCUGUUUCAGAGUACUUAUUUUGUUAAAACAUCCUCUUAAAAAUUCUACUGCAUAUCAUGUUGGAUUUGUGACCGUUGUACCACAAAUGGUAACCCUUCAUUUACUCAAAGAAAUGCCUCAUUUUUUAUUUUAUUUUUAUAAAAUACAGCCUCAAAAACAUUGUUAACAUGUUUAAGAGAUUUUUGGCAAAAUCAAGUUUUUGGAUAAAGUAACUUACAAUUCUUUUUUAUAACAAGGAAUCAUUUGGAUUUAUAAAAGUAGGAGCAGAUAAUCCAAAUCUGAGAUGAUGCACAAAAGGAAAGAUAUUUUGUGAUAAAUGCAGUAACAGUAUUGAUUUGUUUAUUUUCUGAUUUUAAGAUACAAAAGAAUGGAUGAAUCCAGUUUAGUUCUCCAGUAGCUCCUACUUGGAUAUCAGUGAAUGGCCCUAGUUUAAUUUUGAGUCACACAGCUGUAGAUCUGUGUGAAUUAUCUACUAAGGACCUCUUGUGAUGGCAGCAACUUUGAAAUUCCCUGUGUUUUGUGGGCUUAAGAAGAGAAAAUUAACUCAUUUUGUUCUCUGGCCUUCUUUCCUUCCCACCAAUCUAACUGGGCUUCCAAUUUGCCAUCCACCUGGGACCAGUGAUUAUUUUUAACCCAUCCUGCUGCCUCCUAAGCUUUGUUAAAUUUCUGUCUUGCUGCUUUCUUGACAUCUAUUAUUGUUAAAGCAGAAGUAACCACUAAGCAAGACCACUGCUGUCAAUCUAAUGACUUGCUGAAGGACCGGAAAAUAACACAGCAAGACAUCCCGCUCAUUUACCACAGCCAGCUCAUGGGCAGGCUCAUAAACCCUGGCUCAAUAGCCAGAAAAUCUGUGCGCUAAAGUUCCAUUUUAAGGACUAACACCAUUUUUAUGGAAAACCUGGCAAGUUCUCUAGCAUCACUAGAGCAUCGCUCUAUCUGCCCAUGAGACUUGGUGGGAAAAGGAAAAUAUUUCUAUUGUGUUUUCUCAAGAUGAGGCUACCUGGCUAUUUCCUGCUCUCACCACAAAAACUGGUGACAGGAGGACUGCCUGUAUCGGUUUACACUGAUCCUUUACAAACCAAAACUCAGAGCUCAGUUCACAAAACCAAUGCAAAAUCAGCCCUGGCAAGGUCCACACCAAUGCACCCAGACAUUUAAGAUCCAAUUACUCCACAGAGGAAAAGGAAGAGAGUUUAUCUUUUGUAAAUAUUGAAUUGGUGUGCGUAGGAGUUCCAGAAUUAAGAUUGACUAGCUGAGUAAAUUCACAUCAUCUGCACAGUUCUUACUCUGAUGAACUUAUUACCAUUAGGAAAUACUGACUAUAUGAUUUUUGUAUGUGCAAUACUUUAUAUUACCUAUGUACCUGAAGCAUGUUUACACUGGCAUUUGUUGUUGUUUUUUAAAACUUUGAAUAUGCUGUUUAAUGAGUACAAUAAAAAGAAGAGGAAAAAACAA